AUGACGUUGCGAUUUGCCAUCAGCCGCGUAUCUGAUCGGAGAGUCGGCUGCGAAGAAUCUCCGACUUUGACGCUACGGGCCUCGAGUCUCAUACUGUACUGUCAUCGGCCAUGUAUACCGACAGAGGACAGUUAUAUACGAGGAUAUCUGCUUUGCCCUUCAUCUUCCAGACAACGUCCCGACAGACAACGUGCCGCGCUCAUGCAAGGUCCGAAACUUUGUCAGCACACGGACUCUCGGCCAGAGCCGGGCCCUGUCGAUCACGGCAGCGGUCGGUCAAACGGGCUGCGGGGAUUUAACUGUCGGCUCCACUUCAAUGCCAUCUUCAAGAUGCGAUGCGAGAUCGAAGUUGGAAUCGGAUAA